UGCAGGAGGCUUUUAGUGCACCAAGGGGCAAAAGCUGCCAAGUUGUCGCCCGCGCAGCCUCUCCGUUUGCUCUCGUCUUGAGCUGGAAGAAAGGGGGGACAGAAACUUCUGUACCUUGUUGGCAAAUCACAAGGCUUUGUUGGUGGCGCCGGGGUGAUUUUAGUGCCUUUUUUUUUUUCUUUUUUUUUCUUUUUUUUUUUUUUUUUGUAACGUGUGUAUGUGAGGUUAUUACAUAAGGUCGAUGAUUUCUCUUGCUGCUGAAUUUCUCCUCCUCCUCCCCCCGUGUGUUUUGUGUGGAUUUUUCUCUGGCUCGCUUGGAGUGAAUGAACUGGCGAUUUGCGAAGUUGCGAAGAGCCCCCUCCGCCCCCUUUUUUGCAUCCCCCUCUCUCUUUGCGCUGCUCUGCAGAUGACAAAAGGAGUAAACUUCCUCUACUUUUGCUGGCAUAUUAAGAGGGCUUUCUGGAGAGAUUACGGUAUCAAAGCCUUGCAUCUGUCUACAGUUACUCUGCUGCUUUGAGCAUUUGAAGGAGUUCGGGGAGUGCUGUGUGCAGGAGCGCAGAGGUGCUCUGCAUCCCUGCCGUACCUUGCUGGGUGUCCUCCCGGAGAGAGCCCUGCACGUCGGAGCUCUACCUGGCCCUUUUCGUUUAAUGCCCGAGUCGGGAGGAAAGUUUCAGGUCUUGGGAGGACCUCUCUUUCCCCUUGGUGGAAAUACCAUAAAACCUGCCUCUAAAACAAUUGCCCGACCCGGGAACCCGCAAGAAGACCCCCGUAAUGCCAGGAAUGGUCAGCAAAAACCCCGACCUCGAGUUUGACUCUUUGCAGCCCUGUUUCUACCCGGACGAAGAUGACUUUUAUUUGUGCGGCCCGGACUCUGCCCCCCCUGGGGAGGACAUCUGGAAAAAGUUUGAGCUGCUGCCCACCCCUCCCCUGUCUCCCAGCCGGGCAGGUCUCCAGGAGCACCCCCCGGGAGGGGGCCCGGUGCCUUGGGGAGGGGCAGCACUGGGGGGCUGCCGCCCCACCGACCACCUGGACUGGGCGUCCGAGCUUCUCCUGCUGCCCCCGGAGGCCGACCUGUGGGGCGGCACGGACGGGGGGGACUUGUUCGAGUCGGGGCUUGGCGUGACCAACAACCUCAACUCCAUCAUCAUCCAGGACUGCAUGUGGAGCGGCUUCUCUGCCCGCGAGAAGCUGGAGCGGGCGGUCAGCGAGAAGCUCCAGGGCAAGCCGCCCGCCACCACCACCACUGCCGCCCCGCCACCACCCCCCCCGGCUGCUGCCACCACUGCCCUUGUCACCACCGCUGCCGUCCCUGCCGUGGCAACGGCUGAGUGUGUGGACCCAGCCGUUGUCUUCCCCUUUCCUGUCACCAAAAGGGAGGCAACGGUGACGGGGACGAGCCGAGGGGUGGUGGGCGGCGGGGGGGCCCCACGGGGCGCUCGGUCGCCACGUCCAGCUGGGGACAGCCGGGCCAGCAGCAGCAGCUCUGGAGACGACACCCUCAGUGACUCGGAUGAUGAAGAUGAGGAGGAAGAGGAUGAAGAAGAAGAAAUAGAUGUUGUGACAGUGGAGAAAAGACGCUCCUCCUCCAACAAAGCUGUUACGACUCUUACUAUCACAGUGCGUCCUAAAAAUACCACUUUUCCAUCAGUCAGGACACAGCAGAAUGAACUGAUCUUAAAGCGUUGCGCACCAAUUCACCAGCAGCAUAAUUAUGCCGCUCCUUCUCCAUACAUGGAGAGUGAAGAUGCUCCACCACAGAAAAAGUUAAAAACUGAGGUGCCCCGUCCAGUAAAACCCAUGAUCCAACCAAAGUCUAAGAGUUCAAGUCCUCGAAACUCGGAUUCAGAGGAUAGUGAACGUCGACGUAACCACAAUAUCCUGGAGCGUCAAAGGCGUAAUGAUCUACGGUCAAGUUUUCUCACAUUAAGGGACCAUGUUCCAGAACUGGUUAAAAAUGAGAAAGCUGCAAAAGUUGUGAUCUUGAAAAAAGCCACUGAAUAUGUCCAUUCUCUUCAGGCAGAGGAGCAGAAGUUAUUGCUAGAAAAGGAGAAAUUGCAAGCCAGACAACAACAGCUGGUAAAGAAAAUAGAGUUCAAGCGGACUUGCUAAGCUUUUUUUUUUUUUUUAAUUUUUUUUUUUUUGGCUGACCAGGACAGUCAUUGCCACUUUGCACAUUUUUGAUUCUUUAAAAAAAUUGUGUUUUUUGACGUUAAGAAUGUUGGUUUUACUUUCAAUCCAGUCCCUGAAGUAAUUGACAAACUAUAUUAUCCGGGUACGGAGCAAAUGGAUGUUCUUGCAAGGAGUUUAUUGCAAGACUACCAAACAACAAUGGACUGCCUUUGUUUUGUGUUUUUUUUUUUAUUAUUUUUUUUCUUAAGAACUGUAGAUGGUGGGGAUUUUUUUUUUUUAUUGUUGUGAGCAUUUGGAGCUGCUGAUGACAUAUAGUUGAGUUUAAAACAUUCACUCCUAAUUUUUAUGGUGCUUAUGUUCUAACAGAUGUUACUUUAGGGGUUGGCAUUUGUACCCCUGUGGGAAUUUUCUGUAAAUACCAUCUACACACUUGCCUUUUGUACAUGUCUUGGGUUAUGAGAGGUGGCUUUUGCUACCAGUAUUAGACUGGAAGUUCAUACCUAAGUACUGUAAUACCUCAAUGUUUGAGGAGCAUGUUUUUGUAUACAAAUAUAUUGUUAAUCUCUGUUAUGUACUGUACUAAUUCUUACAUUGCCUGUAUACUUUAGUAUGAUGCUGAUACAUAACUAAAUUUGAUACUUAUAUUUUCGUAUGAAAAUGAGUUGUGAAAGUUUUGAGUAGAUAUUACUUUAUCACUUUUUUGAACUAAGAAACUUUUGUAAAGAAAUUUACUAUAUAUGCCUUUUCCUAGCCUGUUUCUUCCAGUUAAUGUAUUUGUUAAUGUUUGGUGCAUAGAACUGGGUAACUGCAAAGUUCUGUGUUUAAUUUCUUCCGAUGUACAUUUAGUGCUGCGUCUUAUAGCACUUUGAAAUACCUCAUGUUUAUGAAAAUAAAUAGCAAUUACAUGAUA